UCUCGAGACUGGCGGUUGCGAGGUGGACGUAGUUGAUAUGCUCACUAGCUGUAGUUAAAUUACGGGUCAUUGAAUUGGUUUAAAACAGCGCGGUCCGUUUACAAACUACCCCGAAUCGACGGACGUCUAUCUUGGUUUGACUUUAAAUGUCUAGAAGAAGACUGUCAAACUAAACUGCUGGGUUCCAGUGCAGCCAGCUAGCCGGCAGCUAAUGCUGAGGGGUUUGCUAUCUUACGUGUAACACAACGAAUGAUAUUUUAGGCCGCGGCGAAUUACACGGCAUUGUGAAAACCUUUCGGACUUUCUGCUGUAAGGUUUAUGAUUUCAGGAUGUAACAACCGGAAUGUUCGCACGGGAACCAUGUUAGUGCCCAGCCUCUCGCUGCUGUGAGGUAGCUCCGCUGAGAUGGCGUCCGGACCCAGGUCGUCGCCCAUAGUCCAGCCCAGCACGGGUACUGGCGGCGCCAGGGAAGGAUUAUUCCGGAAACCUAGAGAGCCGGCGGGCUCCUCCAGACACUACCGGCCCUCCCGCUCUCUCCCUGACGUCUGUCCCAAAGAGCCCACUGGAAAUGCCCGGGGUCUGUGUGAGGGGCCAUCGGUGGUGGCAGACCAGCAUCGGUGGACGGUGUACUGCUCCAAGGUGAACCUGCCGGCAGCGUUGAAUGACCCGCGGCUGGCAAAGCGCGAGUCUGACUUCUUCACAAAGACGUGGGGCGUGGACUUCACCGAGGGGGAGGUGCUGCCCGCUCCCAGUCUGGCCACCAUCACGGCCGAGCACUUCAGCGCGUACCUGCAAGAGACUGCGCAGAGGGAGAAAAUCCACGAGAGAUGUAAGAAUGUGUGCCCCAGUAAAGACGACCUGUCCCUCCCCAGUAUCACCAGCGACCACGACAAAGCCAAAGAGGAGCUUGAGCAGGUGCCCAAGAUCUUCAUGAGGCCGGACUUUGUGCUAAAUGACCCCGCCACCUUCAACGCCGUCCUGCCCUGGACGCACUUCAGUGUUGCCGGGGGGAAGAACAGCUGUGACGGUGCGUCGUCACGGUUACUGCAGGAGAAGUUGAGUCACUACCUGGACGUGGUGGAGGUGAGCAUCGCUCGCCAGAUCUCGUUGCGCUCCGAGGCCUUCUUCCACGCCAUGUCGUCUCAGCACGAGCUGCAGGACCGGCUGCGGGAGACGGCCGGCGCCGUGGCCGAGCUGCGCGCGCGCACCGCCGCCGUGGGCCGCGUGAUGUGCCGUGGCCCUCUCCGGGUGCUGCGGGACGCUGUCGCCCGCGGCAAUUGUGUGCGUCUGCACGACAAGCUGAAGCUGAUGGCGGCCGUGCAGCAGACCCAACCCACCGUGCAGCUGCUGCUCUCCAGCUCGGAGUUCGUGGGAGCGCUGGAACUCAUCAACACUACCAAGGAGGUGCUGCAGCAGGAGCUGCAGGGAAUACACAGCUUUAGACAUUUGGGCUCCCAGCUCUGUGAGAUGGAGAAGCUGAUUGACAAGAUGAUGGUGGCGGACUUCACCACCUACUCCAGAAGUGACCUGAACCGUUCCUUCGAGGAGGACAACCAAGUGCUAGAAAAGGACCGGCUGCAGUCUCUUGUGUUUGGCCUGCUCCGUCAGAGGAAGCUGGAUUUCCUGGACAUCUACAGUGAGGAGAUGAUGCAGGCAGCCAAGGGCAUCGUCAGACAGCGUGUGUUACAGUUAGUGUCUCAGAUCGAGGAGAUUGACACGGACACUGUGGUGAAGCUGCAGGAUCAGAUGAGGCUGAUGUCGUUUACUCAGUGGUUUGAGCUGCUGGAGUGUGUGUUUGAGCACUUCAUCCUCUUCCUCACCAGGAUCAAGGCCACCCUCAACGUGAUCCGUAAUGUCGUUCUGGAAGUCCUCGACAGCAGCCAGAGGAACCGGCUGACCACCACACCCGCUGAUGCCGACUGCGUGGAGGACGAAGACGAGGAUGAAGAGGAGUCUGGCGAGCCUGCCCUUCAGCCCGGGGAAGCGGAGCUCGCCUACCUCACACACGAGGGGUUCUUCAUUAGCGACGCCCUUAACCACGCGGAGCGCCGUAGCGGCACACCUGCGGGGACACAGGGCAAGGCACAGAUACAAACGCAGGCGGAAGCUUCUGGAAGCGACUCAGCCUCGGGGACCACAGAGUCGUCAUCCAGCAGGGAACGCACCACCAACACUACCUCCUCCCUGCCUCCAGGGGGCACUGCCUCUCUUGAGGAUCUGAUGCCGUCUGAUCUCGAGUUGGGCCGAGUGGCCAACAACAUCCAGGAGCUGCUCCACUCUGCAUCGGACAUCAGCCACGACCGCUGUGUCAAAGUCCUGCUGGCUAAAGCCAAAGAUGGCUCUUUGGAGCGCCUGAGCUCAGCUGAGUUUGUGUGUGUGAGUCGGGCGGUGGAGCGCUUUGCCAAGGACACAGAGGCUCUGUGCUACAGGCGCAGUGUCAGCCUGCGGGGGGCGCUGCAAAGCCAGGCCAACCGCUUCGUCCACCGCUUCCAUGAGGAGCGCAAGACCAAGCUCAGUCUCCUAUUGGACACAGAGAGAUGGAAGCAGGCUGAGGUUCCAGCUGAGUUCCAGCACCUGGUCGACACUAUUGCCAGUGGACACAUCACACUGCCAGAACGCAAACAUACAGGUCCCGACGACAAGAAGCCUAACGAAUUCCUGCUGGUGGACGGGCAGAAAUACGCCGUUGUUGGGACCGUGCUGCUGCUGAUCCGGAUCUUUCUGGAAUACUGCCAGUGCGUGAACGACAUCCCAUCCAUCACAACCGACAUGCUCACGCGUCUCUCAGACCUGCUCAAGCACUUCAAUUCCCGGAGCUGUCAACUAGUGUUAGGGGCCGGAGCUCUGCAGGUGGUGGGACUUAAGACCAUCACUACCAAGAACCUGGCUCUGGUGUCACGCUGUCUACAGUUGGUGGUGCACUACAUCCCUAUAAUGCGAGCUCACUUUGAGACCAAACUCCAGCCCAAACAGUACAGCAUCCUGCGCCACUUCGACCACAUCACCAAGGAUUAUAAUGACCACAUUGCAGAGAUCUCCGCUAAGCUGGUGGCAAUCAUGGAUGGUCUGUUUGAGAGAGUGCUGUCCAAGUAUGAGGUGAAGGCCCCCAUGCCCUCGCUGUGUUUCCGCAACGUGUGCAAACAGAUGAACAAAAUGCAUGAGGCUAUCUGCGACCUUCUUCCUGAGGAACAGACACAGAUGCUGUUUCUGAGGAUCAACGCAAGCUUUAAGCUGCACCUGAAGAGGCAGCUGGCUCGUCUGGGGGUGGUGAAUGACGGUGGCCCACAGCAUGGCCUGGUGGUGGUGGACGUUGCCUUCUACACAGAGAAUGUCCAGGCAUUGCGCUCAUUGGAGCAUUUAGACUUGAACAUGCCAGAGAUCUGGGAGCAGAAGAGGUGAUAACGAACAGCGAUGUGCAGCCAAUUGGGCCUUUCUUGCAACGUGCCCCACCCUCUUCCUUCCCUCCUUCAGUGGAGGAAAUGAGGUCGCUGGCCAUAUAGGAAGAGGGACACAAACACCCUCAGAAAAUGAACAAACAAAACUUUUCAAAUCUGUUUAAAAAAAACAACAACAAAAAAACCCGAAAAACUUCUUACCUCCUCCUCCAGAACCUCGCCCACUCUCCGGCAAUCUCCUGCCUAACGGAGAGCACACCUCCCUGUGUUGGCGAGAGCAGCAAGACCCCCAUGGCUGAGCUGGAGCCUGUCUCCUUUAGUGGCAGCAAAGAACUUGUAUAGAAGAGCCCAGCAGGGGGUGCCCUCUCUGGGGUGGCUGAGUCAGGAUAAGCUAGUGCUGUGAUCAUAACUGGGUUCCUCUCUGGUGGAGACUCUAGGUUUCAGGUUGGCCUGGAGCAGAGUCCCUCCUUAUGGGCUCAGAACCCGGCACAACUGCUCUGGUGUGCAGUUCUGUCAGAUGAUGAUGAUGAUGAUUGUCAUCAUAAUUUAUUCUUUGUCUCAUUUAAUAAUGUUGGUUUUUGUUUGUUUUAUAUAUAUAUAUAUAUAAUAUAAAAAUAUAAAUAAAUGAGAGCUUCCGGGGCUGCACCAAGUUGUACUGUUACAAGAUUUAAUGUAAGACUGGAUAAAUUAUUUUCUUUACCAAGUGUUCUUUUUUUUUUUUUCUUAAUUAUCUUCAAAAAUGUGCCCACUGAUGAAGUGCGCCUGUAAUCUGUAUUGGGAAAGUGCAGAUCAAGUUGUAUUUUGUCCUUGUCAACCUGUUGAAUGUGUGACUGGAUCGAACUGGGCUCAGCAGCUCCAUAUCAGGUAGUCAUGCAGCUAGUCACCUUUACUUAUAUUGUGAGUUACUCAGUAUAAGCUCAUAAGCGUCCUUGGUCUAGGGGGCCAAACUGUCCUGAGCAUUCAAAACACUAAAUGAAAAACAUAAAAGUAAACAUCUCGGCCAUAAAAUGCAAUGGAUAUAAAUUAUAGGAAUAUGUGGGAUCUUUCUUGUUGGGAUUUAUGAUGUUUUGGUUGGUUUUUUUGUUUGUUUGUUUUUUUUAAAGCAAAUUUCCAAAGAUGUAAAUGAUUUCGUAUGAAACUGGUAUUGUCCUUCAUCUAUCAGAAUGAAAGAAAUUGUUGUUUUUUCCACCUGUUCACUACAAGUCUUGGCAUUAAGGAAAACAGUAACAUUACGACCGUUAUAUUACUGUGCGAGGCCAGGUAGGGUCUGUCAACGAUCACCUGCCUUUUCCUGCUGUUCAAAAGUGCCUCCUAUUGAUUUAAUAAGACUACUUGUGAUGUAAAGACUGAGCGUGUUUGCGCGAUUGAUGCUUGACAGACAGACUUUAAAUGUGAGGACUGCAAAGUGAUUUGAAAUAAAGCCACAUUUGAAAAGUAAA